AUGAAUCUAAACGAUAACAAGCCAUGCAAUACAAGAGCAGCAUAUGUCACUGUUUUGACAGCAAAAAACACAACAUCCACCUCCACAGAACCCACCACAUCUAUGGAUAACAAAGAUGGGGCUAUACCCUUGCAAUCAAUUCAGGAUGCGUACCAAAAACCUCUCUCCAAACCAAACACACUCGGAUCAACGCCAUCUUCCAUGAGUACAGCUGUUUCAACUGAGUUCGAGCCCUCUUCCACCACAACUUCCCCAAUUAGCCACAUCCGGAAGUGGAGAUCCGGUCUUGGAGGGUCCUCCAAGAAGCAGCAAAAGAAACGGAGCCACAGUUCCAAGGGCUCCUCGGGCAAAGCUAGAGCUAUUGGGCCAAUCAGCGGGCCUUUGCCUUUAACAAUGCCAGCACCAUUCGUAUGCACGCCACUGCCUUAUUCAGACGCUCCCAUUAUCGUCUCGCCUACCACCCUUACGAAUUUGAAGGCUGCAACUUUCCUAGAUAUGUCAUCUUCACCGACACCCUCAAAGCCAACAACAUCCUGCCUAGAUCUGCCAAUAGGCUCUCAAUCCUCUAACCCCGUCCUCUCACUGGCGUCUGUUAAUGAACAGAGCGCAGCCUAUUCGGACAUGGAGAGCUAUCGGACAAGCUGGAAGGGCCGGCUAUUUUACGCUACUAGAGAUAUGCUUGCCCCUUUUCAGGUCGAGCCUUUGAGUCACUUAUCGGAAACAGAAUCUCACCAGCUGCCAAUAGAUGUGUCAGAUCAAUCAGUUAUUGAUGCGCUUCAUUCAAGUGUUCAAGAGGAUCGAGACCACACUGACGAUAAGGAUAAUGAAGAGCACCAAACUCAAGACCGCAGGGAUAGUGGCGAGGAUAAUGAUGCCACAAAGGAUUUUGCAUUGAGUCUAUGCCAAGGGUUUGGAUCAGACUUUGAUUUAUCUCCAUCAAAUUUCGACUACCAAAGCAUUUGUAGGGACCAAGGAAACGAUUUUCAUUUGCAAACAGAGGACAACCGUGAAAUAGAGAAGAUACGUCCCCGGUGGUCGAGGACCCUAAAGCAAAUUCGCCCAAAGUCAUCAUCUACCAUUUCUACUUCGUCGGACUCAUCCACAGAGUCAGUAGACUCUAUUAACUCAUCUUCAUCAGCCUCAUUAGGAAAAUUAGGCCUAUCACAGAUGUCGUCAGUCAAUGGAAUAUCUUCUAUGACAACACGAAGUGUUCCUGACGUGACUUCAAGUAGGUCUUCACCUACACCAUCCACCACGCUGAAAAAGUCACGAGCGAUGAGAUUCUCAGCGAGUUUGACCAAUCUCCUGCCUAUUAGUUUGUCAAAAGAUAAAGGCAGUACACCAACAAUGCCGCCUGCUUCAUUACCGGUUGAGCACGAACAUGAUAAAAGCCAGGAGAAUAUUGAUGAGCAAUCGUCUUUAAAACCAACUAGGGCAUCAUAUAUGGAUCCUAGGGCUAUAACGCUCAAGCGGCUGGCCUAUAUCCAUACACUCAAGAAAUUACGUGAGCGUGAAAAACGACCUUUCCAUCAUGCAGUACUUCUGCAUAUGAUGUUGCAUCAACUUCGAAAGGCUGGUAUUUCUGCAAGGCAAUGUGACGAAAUUGGGGCUUAUUACACAACCCUAGAGGCAACUCAACUUUCGACGCGAUGGGAUAUAGAGAACAUGGCAGUGGCUUUGACAGCUGAACAGCAGCAACAGGAAGACACUUUACCAAAGCAAAAGCACCAUCAGUACUUGGACGCAAUGGAUCAUACGCAGUUACCACAGCAACAAGCGCAAGAGUUAUCAUCAUUGCCAAAAAUGAAUAGUACGAAGAAACAGAAAUUGAGACAUCCUUUGGUCUCUUCUAAAAACCACCUUCAGUCCAAACCACCGAACACGACUAGUGAUAAUGACAGCGACAGAAACGAUGCUAGUAGCAUGAUGGGCUCCUGCCAGCAUCUUCCACCUCAAGCUCCUUUAUCAUCGGGAUCGGUACUGUUGCCUGCAACACCAUACAAAAUGCCACUACAUCCAACGUUGCGCAUGCCAGCCCAACCGCUCAUAAAUCUAGACAUGAAGAAUACCCCUUCUACCACAACCACCACACCUGCCUCUGUUCGGAAGGAUGCAGCUAUGAGAGCACCUACUUUUACACCGCCUGUUUCAUCUGACUCUGAAAGCGAGGAUGAAGGCGCGGAUGGACUGUGUACUGAAGAGAAGUAUGACGAAGGGCACGAUAAAGAAGCAAAUGAAGCGUUCCCGUCCACACCAAAGGUAUACUGUAUCAGCAACAGAAGCAGAGACAGCGAUUCAGGCAACAACAACGGAUGGGACCCCCUUCAGUCAGCUCAGCCGGCUCGACAGAUUCGCAGCGCCACCACUUCCUAG